UGUGUCUCAUUACUGAUCUGGGAUUCUGGGAGCCAGGAAUCAUUCUCUGUGAAGUGAGGACAACGCACAACGCAAAAACUUUUUCCACUUCUAGACAUGGGAUUUGGCUGCAUCCAGGUGUUUGUCCUAGGCCUGUUUACUGGGGCAGUUCUCGGGACAGCACCAGAGGAUGAGAGACCGCUGGUGGGCACGCAGUACGGAAAACUACGGGGCGUUACGGUGGCGGUAAAAGAAACAUCUAGAACAGUGGAUGCAUUUUUCGGAAUCCCCUUUGCAAAGCCACCACUAAGAUUUGCAAGUCCGGAACCUCCAGUGCCCUGGGACUCUAUCAGAGAUGCCUCGGAAUACCCUCCAGUGUGUAUACAGCAGAAAGAGUCUAUAGAAGGAUGGAUAGCACAAUAUAAUACUCCAUUUCAGUUGCCCCCAGUUUCAGAAGACUGCCUGUACCUGAACGUCUUCACACCAAGCGACAGAGCCAGGAAUGCGCCACUGCCUGUGAUGGUCUUCAUACACGGCGGAGGAUUCCUGACCGGAUUAGCCAGCAUGUAUGAUGGGUCUGCGCUCAGCUCCUAUGAAGAUGUCGUAUUUGUGUCUAUACAGUACAGGCUGGGAAUCCUGGGCUUCUUCAGCACAGGGGACGGCCAAUUACACGGCAAUUAUGGACUACUCGACCAAGUUGCCGCCCUCCAGUGGAUACAGGAAAACAUUGCAGAUUUCGGAGGUGACCCUCAGUCUGUCACUAUAUUCGGUGAAUCAGCCGGUGGAGCAAGCGUCUCAGCUCAUGUGCUGUCGCCUCUGUCUAAGGGCCUGUUCCACAGAGCCAUCGCUGAGAGUGGGGUCAUGACCAUGUCUGUUAUAGUGGCCAGCAAGGAUGAAGACCUCAUUGUCUAUAGAAAUUUAGUGGCUCAUUUAUCAGGCUGUGACCCGGCCUCGGUGGCAGAGUGUCUGAAGAGGAAAUCAGAGCAGGAGAUUCUCUCCGUGACAGCACUAAUGGGAUUCCUGCCAUUGCCUGUUUGUGUGGACGGCGUCUUUCUACCCAAACCAGCAGAAGAGAUUUUGGCCGGCAAGGAAAGCAAUAAGGUCCCAUUACUUCUCGGAGUGAACAACCAGGAGUUUGGCUGGAUACUGCCUCAGCAUUUGAAUGUGACGCUAAUAACAGAGGAAACACACAGAGAAUUGCUGCCGUUGGCACUCAGAACUAUUCCUAUACUGGGUUUGGACGCCAGUGGCAUUCCUUUUGUUAUGGAUGAGUACUUUGGCGGCACAAAGGAUUCCUCUGAGCUCCGUGACCAGUUGAUUGACGCGUGCGGAGAUGUGUUAAUGGUUAUACCUGCGCUCAAGGCUGCAAAAUACCAUCGAGAUUCUGGCCUCCCCGUCUACUUUUAUGAAUUCCAGCACCGGUCGUCAAUGUUUCAGGACACGAAACCAGACUUUGUGAAAGCCGAUCACACGGACGAGCUCAUUUAUGUGAUGGGAGGUCCUUAUCUGAGGAACGGUGUGGUGUUCGCUGGUGACGCUACUGAUGAAGAAAAAGCCCUGAGCCGAACAAUUAUGAGAUACUGGGCAAACUUUGCCCGUAAUGGCGAUCCGAAUGGCCCUGGCCUGGCAGAAUGGCCGCUGUACAACAUAGAUGAAGAGUAUCUGGAAAUUAACAAGAAACAGAAAACAUCUAAGAGGCUAAAGGAGGACAAGUUUAAAUUCUGGACCGAGAUCCUUAAUGAGAAAAUCCGAGCACUGUCGGGGGAAAGAGGAGACCAUACAGAACUGUAGAUCUCUCCAUGAUCCUCAUCUUUCUGUAUUAUAAUGUGGAAUACUUUUAAAGUGAAACUGUUAUCAUAACUCGUUCACUGCUAAGGAUUAGUGGGACUUGUCCUAAGGACUGCAAGGAUUCAAAUAAUAGGGUAAACUAAAGGUCCGUACACACUUAACGAUUAAAUGAGCGACGUCGCUCAUUUUCCCCCUCCUUGAGCGACGCCGCUCAUUUUAUCGUUAAGUGUGUAUGCCGCCAGCGACGAACGAUGCGCGGCCCCGCGGGUCGGCAACGAUCGUCGCUGUCGCAUGCAUGAAGGAUGUGGACUGUCGUCCACGACCUUCAUGCAGGACUGGCGGGGGCGUGACGUCACUGAGCGAUAUAAGCUGUCAUAUCGCUCAGUGUGCAUAGUCGGCCGCCGGCCGGCCGGCCCGGGAGGAGGAAACAUUAGACGAUGUCGCUCACAGAGCGACAUCGUCUAAUGUGUAUGGGCCUUAAGCUAAUAGCAGAGGAACCUAAACUUUUCCCUCUUAUAGUUGCUGUCGGUCAGAUCUGAUAGGGGAGGGACUUUAUGAUGUCAUCGCAUCAGGGAUGUGAUUACAUCACAUCUCCUCCAGAUCAUGACUUUUCAUGAUCUGUAGGAAAGAGCAUUAAAAGUGCUCUAUCUCCCCCAUUGUGGCACCCACAGACUCAGAGGUACCCUUGUUUGAAAGAAGAGGGUCUCCUUUUUUACACGCUGUGGCCGCUAAGAUGUUAUUCUCAGGAGCUCACGUGUGACCACCAGAAAACGUUCCUACACUGCAGAGAUCAUUAUGAAGUCCUGGGAUGGGGAAUUAUGAAGUCCAGAUUUUGCACAUUCUGACAUCAAUAAACGCGCAUUUGAUGCAGUAA